AUGAGCGAAAUCGAUCUAGAGAAGAAGCCCAGCGUGAAGCCGACGAACAGCGGCACCUCGUCUGAAUCCGAAAAUGCCGACGCCAUCAAGUUGGCCGAGAUGGGUUACACCCAAGAUCUGCAGCGCAAUUUCUCCAUUAUCUCACUCAUUGGCAUUGCGUUCUGUAUGUCCAACUCAUGGUUCGGUAUCUCGGCAUCUUUGAUCACGGGUAUCAGCUCGGGAGGCACGGUUCUCAUCGUCUACGGGCUGCUCUGGAUCACGUUCAUCUCAUGCUGCGUGGGGUCGUCGCUAUCGGAACUGGCAAGUGCUAUGCCCAACGCUGGUGGUCAAUAUUUCUGGGCCAACGAACUUGCUCCCAAGAAGUAUGCCCGGUUCAUGUCUUACUUGACUGGCUGGUUCGGAUAUGCUGGCGCAGUUUUCGCUUGUGCCAGUGUAGCCCUCAGUCUUGGACAGGCCGGUGUUGGAAUGUGGCAGCUUGGCCAUCCUGAAUUUGUCCCCGAAGCCUGGCAUUCCGUGGCCGCAUACGAAGUCAUCAACUUCGUCUGCUACCUUUUCAACUGCUGGGGUAAAACGUUGCCUGCCGUUGCCAAGGUCACCUUGUACAUCUCGCUGAUCUCCUACUUUGUGAUCUUGGUCACGGUCCCUGCCUGCGCCAAGACGCACGCCAGUGCGUCCUACGUCUUUGGCCAUUUCGUCAACUCCACGGGUUGGGACUCGGAUGGCAUGGCGUUCAUCGUCGGCUUGAUCAACCCGAACUGGAUCUUCGCCUGUCUUGAUUCCGCGACUCAUCUUGCGGAAGAGGUGCCCCAGCCCGAAAAGAACAUUCCGAUCGCAAUCAUGGCCACCGUUGGCAUCGGCUUUGUCACUUCCUGGACGUAUUGUGUUUCGAUGUUCUUUGGUCUCAACGAUUUGGGCAAGUUGUUGAACUCUGCUACAGGUGUCCCCAUCCUGGAGCUCUACUACCAAGCUCUGGACAACGUGGCUGGCGCCAUCGUCUUGGAGACUCUGCUGCUGGUGACCGGAAUGGGUUGCUUGAUUGCGUGCCACACCUGGCAGUCUCGGUUGGCGUGGGCAUUUGCUCGUGACCGGGGCAUGCCCGGACACCAAUGGCUGUCUCGCGUCAACCAGACGCUGGAUGUGCCGUUGCACGCCCACAAUGCAAGCUCGUUCCUCGUUGGCGCUCUUGGACUGCUCUACCUUGGAUCGUCUACUGCAUUCAACAGUAUGGUGACCGCUUGUAUCACUCUGUUGUAUCUGUCCUACUCGUGCCCUGUUCUCUGCCUCCUGUACCGCGGUCGCAACAACAUUCAGCACGGGCCGUUCUGGUUGGGCAAGCUGGGACUUUUCGCCAACGUGGUCACCUUGCUCUGGACCAUCUUCUGCCUGGUUAUGUACUCCUUCCCUUCGACCAUGCCGGUCCACGCAGGAAAUAUGAACUAUGUCUCGGCCGUGUACGGUGUCGUGAUUUUCAUUAUCCUUGUUGACUGGUUCGCUCGGGGUCGGCGGUCGUACAAGGGCAGCCAAAGCUGUGUGGAGGGUAAUACCUCCGAGUAA